AAUUGCAUACUCACCGAGGGCAAACCCAGUGCGGAUGCCCACUUAUCGCUAAGCUCUGCGGUGCUGUGACCCCCGUUAAACGCUUGCUCGUAGAAAUGGCUUAAUGCCUUAGUCCGAGCUCAUUACCAGUAGGUUCCGUCCGGGUUGACUGAAAAUAAUGCGAGACCAAAACAGGCGAACGUUCCAACGCGGAAGGAUUUAGCUAAUCGGUAGACAAACUUAGUAGCUCGUUCUGCACGGCACCAUCAUGCCGGAACACCUGGAACUACAACAACUGGUGGACGGUGUGCUGCAGGGAACGACCCGGCACCGGUCGUUGUCCUGGCUGCGCUGCUCGUGUCCGUACCUGGGAAUUAUACUCGCCACGGUUUCUUCCUUCUUCUUUUCGCUCUGUUCCGUCAUCGUAAAGGGACUGGUUGAUGUAAACCCGAUUGAGCUGGCCACAUUCAGAUUCAUCGGUGUGCUGCUUCCUUCGAUACCGAUCGCCAUCUACCGGGAGGAGAAUUUUUUUCCCGAGGGCAAACGGAUCAUUCUGGUGCUUCGGUGUUUCGUCGGUACGACGGGUCUGAUGCUCAGCUUCUACGCCUUUCGUCACAUGCCUCUGGCCGACGCGUCCGUCAUAAUUUUUUCCACACCGGUUUUCGUAGCCAUUUUUGCACGCCUCUUCCUGCGCGAAUCCUGCGGCAUGUUCAAUGUAAUCACGAUCGUACUCACGCUGAUUGGUGUCGUGUUGAUAACGAAGCCACCGUUCCUGUUCGGUGACAAUCUGGUGACGAUAGUCGAUGAAGAGGUGAUGGAGUCCAGCUACGAUAUUUGGGGCCCAGUGGCGGCCCUAUCGUCGACACUGUUUGGCGCCAACGCGUACGUGUUGCUGCGUGCCCUCAAGGGGCUACACUUUUCCGUCAUCAUGACUAACUUUGGCGCUUUCGCGUUGCUGUACACGCUCAUAGUGUGCUACUACAUCGGGGCACUCUGUUGGCCACUGUGCGGAACGGAUCGCUUGCUCGUCGUGGCGUUGGCACUGUUUAGCUUCGGUGGCCAAAUACUGCUCACGCUUGCGCUACAAUUCGAGCAGGCCGGCCCCGUAGCGAUCGCUCGGUCGGCCGACAUUGUAUUCGCCUUCAUUUGGCAAAUUAUGUUUUUCAAGGAAACGCCCAGCAUCUACUCGGUGCUCGGAGCACUGCUCGUCGUCAGUUCCGUGGUGCUAUCCGGACUGCGAAAGUGGGCUCUCGCGCUGCCCAGAGACUCGGAGACGCGGAAAAAGCUAAACUUUUUGUAUCUCGACUAGAUUAGUUCCGUUCCCGAACAGCCCGGUGUCCAAUUUGGGUGUUUUUAACAUUUUACCAAACCAACAGCCGAAACGUAAUAGAAUCGAUGCUCAUGUUCCGGGUUUAAAAUUUACCAAACCGGCCCCGGAAUCCCGGGGACCGGGCACUUUUAAAACAAUCUCACAGUCCUCCAUUUUACUUACCCGAUUUUGAGAUUUACUUUCGAACGCACAUCAUGUGGCAUCAAAGCGUAACGGAAGCGGAAAGAUUUAAGGACAUUUAAAACAAAAUGAUAAAACGUAAGACUUUAUCGCGACCAAAACAAAGAAGGCAUUAAACAAGACAAGAAAUCAAGCAUAGACAGUAACAGUGUAUUUUAAAAGUAAUCUAUUCAACUAACGGAUUGGAAUUGCUUCACCAACCGAAAGAUCGCACGAAAGAGGGCACAUAAAAUCAGUUCGGCGUGCACCUUUCGUCCUAUCUGAAACUAUCCUCAACACACCGGAAGUGGCAUCCGGAAAGGAAGCGACUUUUCCCAAGAGCGAGAUUCUAGUCAGCCGAAAAUGUAAAACAAACAAACGUUUUCUGUAUCGUUGUUCAAAGGACAUCAGCAAAGUUAUUUGAUAUUAAAGAAAAACUAAACCGUAAGAAGACAGCCAGACUAGUAAUGGCCUAGUGAUUGGCCAGCCAGCAUGGGUUCCGGUUCCGCGGAAGUAUGAAAUACUACAUAGUCUAAACAAGUGCAUUGUGAUUAAAAACAAAUGGAUCUCAUUUACGUCGCACGUCGUCGUCGGCUAAGCUCAGUUUGCAGUUGGCAGAUUCUGUUGUUGCGCUCCAAACUUACCAAGCACUGCAGCAGAUGCAGAUAGAUUUUUAUCCGACACCGGCCAGGGAAGGCCCAUAUCGGGUUGCACUCACUCUCAAACCACAAACCUAAA